AUAGAGACACUACAAACAGAAAUCACAAAUUGUUUUGGAUUAAAGACUACGCCUGGACAGGGGCAUAAUGGUCAAUCAUGCAUAUUUAAAUUUUCCUUUUUCGUAGCUUUAUCUCUUUAUAAAAACGAUGGGAGACCAGAAGAACUGAUAACGUUUUUUUUUUCUCAUCUUAACUCGAUUCGACGCUUUACUUUCUCAGACUUCGUUUUCGUAAUCCUCUGAUAUUGUUUUAGAAACCAUGUCUGUACUCGAAACGGUGAUCAACAUCUCCUUCUCACCGUAUUCCAACACAUGUCUUCACUCGGUCUCUCUCCACGGAAUAUGCAUCGCUUGCAACUCGAUCGUCGACGAACUCGACCUCUACCGCAGACCGUUCGAAUAUCUUUCCCCCGGUUUACAGCUAACCCACGACGCCGUAGCGUUAACCAAACGCCUCGAAACUUUAUCAUCUUCCCUCGGCGAGAAGAAACGACUCCACUUGGUCCUCGACUUGGACCACACGCUUCUCCACGCCGAAAAAGUUUACCGUCUCACCGAAGCAGAGAAGUAUCUAAUCGGCGAAGCCGGUACUACUAGGGACGAUCUGUGGAAGUUGAAAUCCAGUGACUUCUUGGUAAAGCUAAGGCCUCUCCUUAGAGAUUUCUUGAGAGAAGCCAACAAGAUGUUCACCAUGCACGUUUACACGAUGGGUACUCGCUCCUACGCCGAAGCCAUCUUGGAGGUGAUUGAUCCGGAUCGAUUCUAUUUCGGUAAAAGAGUGAUAACACGAGACGAGAGUCCUCGUAUUAAGACGCUUGAUUUGGUUUUGGCGGAUGAGCGUGGAGUGAUUAUUGUGGAUGACACACGUGAUGUAUGGCCUGAUCACAAGAGUAAUUUAAUUUUAAUUAGCAGAUACAAGUAUUUCAGAAUGAAGAGCAGCCAACACUCGAAGCCGCACUCUGAGGAGAAGACUGACGAAAGUGAAAGCAAGAGUGGAUUGGCUGAUGUUUUUAGAAUACUAAAGGAAGUUCACUGUAGAUUCUUUAGGGUUAGAGAAGAGUUGGAGUCAAAGGACGUGAGGCUGCUGUUACAAGAGAUAGCAUUCAAUCGUGUCUGACAAGUAAUCUUUUAAUUUGUAAAAAAAAAAUAUAAGCAUUGUUGUAAAUCUGUUUAUCCCGUUUCAUGUAUAAGAAGUAUUGCGAA